GCAUUAAGACCCGGGGCGGGGCUUGGGCUGGCUGCCGGUGGGGGCGCAACCGAGAAGGGGGCGGGUCGCUCCGGCGCAGUGAGUUGGUGCUGUGGGCCGUUCGCAGCAAGAAGUGCGAGGUUCAGAGGUCUCCAGAUCCGGAGGAAAAACAUCCAGACCUGAUGUUGAGGCCAUCACACCAUCCAAGACUUUGAUCUUAAUGCUCUUAAGAGAGAGACAAAGCGUGAGCAGGGGAGGAGCAGAGAGAAAGACGCAGAAUCCGAAACAGGCUCCAGGCUCUGAGCUGUCAGCACAGAGCACGACGUCGGGCUCGAACUCACAAACCAUGAGACCAUGACCUGAGCUGAAGUUGGACACUUGACCGAAUGAGCCACCCAGGCGCCCCACCAUUAUCAUUAACAUGAUUACCACCCUCAUUUCACAACUGCAAACCCAAUGCAUAGAGAAGUUAGGACUCUGCCCUUUUCUACAAGGAGAGCACACAGGAGGGAAUGGCCGCUGUGUCUCCAACUGACAGAUGCCAGGAAUCAGUGACAUUUGAGGAUGUGGCUGUGAUUUUCACAGAUGAAGAGUGGAGGCAUCUAGUCCCUAUUCAGAAGGACCUCUACAAGGAGGUGAUGCUGGAAAACUAUAAGAGCAUUGUCUCAUUGGGACUCCCAGUUCCUCGACCUGAGGUCAUUUUUCAGUUGAAGAGAGGGGAUGAGCCUUGGAUAGUUGAUCUUCAUGGAUCUGAGGAGAGAGAAUGUCCAGAGAAUGUCUCUCUAGAUUGGGAGACCAAGCCUGAGCCUCAGGGUGCUUCGGAAGAAGAAAAACUAGGACAAAUAGUGAGGGAAAGGCUUGGAAGAAAAGUUCCUCUGUGUCCUAAAUUUGAAGCUCAUGCCCUGGAGGGUGAGUCAGAAACAGGGAAGGGGAGCCCUGUGGUGCAGACCUGUAAGAAGUCCCUUUCCCAGAAGGAAAAUUUGCAGCAAGGGUCUAGCCCUCUGAAGAAAAUUCUCACUAAGGAGAGAGACCAGGAAUGCAGCAACUGUGGGAAGACCUUUUUUGACCACUCAUCGCUUAUCCGCCACCAGAGGACUCACACUGGAGAGAAGCCCUAUGACUGUCACGAGUGCGGGAAGGCCUUCAGUCACAGGAGCAGUCUCAGCAGACAUCUGAUGUCUCACACGGGGGAGAGCCCCUACGAAUGCAACGCGUGUGGGAAGGCCUUCUUCGACCGGUCGUCCCUAACGGUCCAUCAGCGAAUUCAUACCGGAGAGAAGCCCUUUAAAUGCAGCGAGUGCGGAAAGGCCUUCUUUGACCGCUCGUCCCUUACUCGACACCAGAGAAUUCAUACUGGAGAAAGUCCUUAUGAAUGUAAUCAGUGCGGGAAAGCCUUCAGCCAGAAAAGUAUUCUUACUCGACAUCAGCUCAUCCACACUGGCAGGAAGCCCUAUGAAUGUAAUGAGUGUGGGAAAGCCUUCUAUGGCGUCUCGUCACUGAACAGACAUCAGAAAGCUCACACUGGAGAGCCUCGCUAUCGGUGCAGCGAGUGCGGGAAAGCUUUCUUUGACCGCUCGUCCCUCACACAGCACCAGAAGAUUCACACUGGAGACAAGCCAUACGAAUGCACCGAAUGUGGGAAAGCCUUUAGCCAGAGGUGCCGGCUCACGCGACAUCAGAGAGUGCACACGGGAGAGAAACCCUUCGAAUGCAGCGUGUGUGGCAAAGUGUUCAGUUCGAAAUCGUCAGUCAUUCAACAUCAACGGCGUUAUGCCAAACAAGGAAUAGGAGGCGGGGCCUCCGAAAACCCGCCCCGAGGCCUUCUGGGAAUCGUAGUUUUCCGAGGACACUUUGCGCAGGCGCUCUGUGGUCCUUGCGCCUCGUGGGGCCACCGGGAGCCGGUUGGCGCCCAAGGACUCAAAAGAGCUCUUGAGAGGAGAGGUCUGGUAGCAGACGUGAACAGUGAAACCUCAGAGAAUGUUAUUCUGGCGUUCCCUGUGGACAGGGAAGUUUGGGGAGAUCGUUGUUCCCGGCUCUACUCCUGGAAGGAUUUUUCAGAUCCUCUGAAUAAAGCUUCUGUUAGCUCUGCCAACUCUGACCUGGGCCUUUUCCAAGAGGACAUAGUAGAGGAGAGAAUGGCAGCUGUACCUCUAACAGCCAGAUGGCAGAAGUCACUCAAGUUUAAGGAUGUGGCUGUGAAGUUCUCAAAGGAUGAGUGGAAGCAGCUGGUCCCUACUCAGAGGGCUCUUUACAGGGAGGUGAUGCUGGAGAAUUAUCAGGGUUUUGUUUCUUUGGGACUUCUGGUUCCUAAACCUGAUGUGAUUUUCCAGUUGAAAAGAGGUGAAGAGCCAUGGACACUUGAUUUUCAGGAAGAUGAAGAAAGAGAAGCCCCAGGAAGUACUUAUUUAGACCAGAAUGCUAGACUUGAGAGCUGGGACUCAACUAAAAGCCAGGAUAUUUCUAAAAAAGGAAAGUUGCAAAAGACACUAAUGGAAAAACUCAGAAAAGAUGGUCCUCUGGGUCCUGCACUUGGCUCAGAAAACCUCAGGGGCACAAAGAAAGAACAUCUAUUGGGGGAGAUUUUGAAGAAAUCCUCCCCCAAGGAGAAGGACUCCAGGCAAAGAUCCACUCCUGCCAAGAAAACCAACAGUAAGGGGAGAAACCUUGAAUGCAGCAUAUGUGGGAAGACCUUAUAUAACCACUUAUCCCUCACUCGCCAUCAAAGGACUCACACCGGAGAGAAGCCCUACAACUGUAAAGAAUGUGGGAAAGCCUUCAGCUAUAGAAGUAGUCUUAAGAAACAUCUGAUGUCUCACACUGGGAAGAGCCCCUUUGAAUGCAACGAAUGUGGGAAAACUUUCUAUGACCGAUUAACCCUUACUGAACACCAGCGAACUCAUACCGGAGAGAAGCCCUUUAAAUGUAACGAAUGUGGCAAGGCUUUCUUUGUCCGCUCAUCUUUUACUCGCCAUCGGAGAAUUCAUACUGGAGAAAGUCCUUAUGAGUGCACAGAAUGUGGGAAAUCCUUUAGCCAGAAGAGCAUCCUCGCUCGCCACAAGCUCACUCACACUGGAGAGCGGCCUUAUGAAUGCAAGGGCUGUGGCAAAGCCCUGUUUGACCGCUCCUCCCUCAUUCGCCACCGGAGAGCACACACUGGAGAGACCCCUUUUGAAUGUAAUGAGUGUGGGAAAGUUUUCUUUGACCGCUCGUCCCUUAAUCAGCAUCAGAAAAUUCAUAGCGGAGACAAGCCCUAUGAGUGCACUGAAUGUGGGAAAGCCUUCCUUCAGAAAAGACGACUUACUCAGCAUCAGAGAGUGCACACUGGAGAAAAGCCCUACGAGUGCAGCGUGUGCGGGAAGGUGUUCAGUUGUAAGUCAUCUAUCAUCCAACAUCAGCGACGUUAUGCCAGGCAGCCGUCAGAAUGUCACAGAGGUGCUCCAGCCCGGCAGGGGGCCCCCACAGAGACUUAAGAUGCUUUUAUGCAAGAUAAUGAAGAUUUGUGUUUGAGCACCUUCUAACUACCGCAUAUUCUCAUGUCUCCAUUUGGUACUAGAGGCUCAAUAAAUAGUCUUAAUGGACCAUGCCAUAGACUUCCACUGGGAUGCCUCAUACUUAAUAUAAUACCCCGAGGAUCCCCAAAUUGGUCAGAAGCUCUCCAAUCAAUAUGUUUUGUAAGUGUUUGAAGGGGACCCAGAGAUAAGCAUUGUAUGUUUGUAUUUAUUUAUUUAUUUAUGUAUUUAUGUAUAAUUAAUUAAUUUUUUAAAUUUCUAGACCACUUCAUAAGAACAGGAACUAUUUCAUACCUGUGAGCUGCUGUGUCCUCAGUGUGAUGCCUGCCACUUAUUAUAUAUUUUCUCAAUGAAUGAAUACCUGUCUAGUCAUGAGAACUUGAGUCCUCAAUCAAAAGCACUUUCCAGAACUAGAGACUUCAGUUGCAUCAUCCAGCCACCCCUAGAGAGGCCAGAUCCCAAGCCAUUGUGUGGCACUUCAGCAAGCCUGGAAGUGGUGCCAGGAACCAGAAACUGGAGCUGUGCAGUUGUCUGGGCUGUGGCAAGCAACGGGGAGAGACUGGCACUCCCAGCAGAUAACUGUACGGCUGGAGGUGGUGCAAUCAAAUGUCUGAGUUAGUUCACAGGUUCUGGCAGCUGAGUUGGAGCAAAGAGCUGAGGAUAUGUGCCCAAAGCUAACAUGUAACAUAACUAGGUACUUGACUCAGGCCUGAUUUAUUGCCUUUGCUAUUUCACUCCCAAGUUUGAUUGCCUGUCUCACAUCUGCCUUCCUCUCUCAGUACCCGAGACCUUUAGCACCUCUCUCUUCUGUUCAAUCUCAUGUCCCUGAAACCUCCAUCUGUUUGCCACCCAAAUCCUACCUUUACAUUUCCGGUUUUGCCCUCUUCCGAAGUCACUAAAGGAUUCCUUUUAUAUCCUC